AUGCGAUGCGCGAGCAAGGCCGCCGAGAGCGCGUCCGCACGUCUCUGUGUGGACGCCGAAGCAGAAACCACAGCAACUGAUGCCUCAUCGGUUGCUGAAGCGACUCAGCCUGUGUCACUUGGUGAUGCAGGCGCUAGUCAUGAAGACACUCAUGUCUUCACAGAGUACGAGCUCGGUGUCUCAUACUCUCCUGAUACAGAAGACGGAUCCGUAUCGACAGCGAUUGAAUCCAAGCCGCCUGCCAAGCGUGGCAUGGAUGAUGCUAUGUGUAGUAGCAUCUUUGGUUCAUCUGAUGAAUCAGAUGAACCAUCGCCGAAGCGAAGGCGCUCGAGGUCGCGAGACUCGGGCGCUAACAGUGGUGUCGGUUCUCCUAUUGACACCACUUCACAGCGAGGUGCCAGUACUUCUGUCGGCACGUCGCAGGAAGAGCGGGACCGCAAUGUGUUGCGUCUCGCUCCUGAAAAGAAGGCAUGGAUGCCUCCUAAAUCCGUCAUGGAUCACUUGUCGGCGACGACGAGUGAUCGUUAUCGAACACGGUUGUUCGAUUCGUCAAGGAUCCAUCACCUUGACCCCAGCGCGAAAAACUAUCGCGCUGAACAUGAAUUCUUCAUCGAUGCUUUCUUCAAACAUCGAUGGUACAGUGGGAAUCACAAACGUGAUGGUCCCUCACUGCUUCAAGCGUGGAGCGCCUACAUCCAUAACCUCGAGGAUGUAGGUCGUGACGCUUGA